GCCGGCCGGCCGCCCGGACCCCAGUCCCCGGCGGGCGGGCAGAGGAGGCAGCCGCCCCGCUCUACUGCGCUGGCCCCGCCGCAGCCGCCCGGCGCGCAGCGAUGCGCAGAGGGGCCGCGCCGCCCGGGGGCCGCCGCCGCCGCGCCGCACCAUGAAGCUCCGCAGCAAGGCGGCGGCGCUGCUCCUGCUCGCGCUGGCCGCGCUGCUGCUCGCGCUGCUGUCCCUGCGCGCCGGCCGCGCCGAGCCCCCCGCGCCGCCCGCGCGCCCCGCGUCCGCCCCGCAGCGCCACCCCGCGCCGGCCCCCGCGCGCCUCCCGGGCCCGGGCGCCUUCCCGGGGGCCGGUCCGCGCGCUCGGCGGCGCCGGCCCCCGCGUCCGCGCCCCCGAGCCGGCCGCCGGGGCGCCGCGAGCCUGGAGAAGUUGGCGAGGAGGCCUGGAGAACUCAGGAGUUUCCAGGCUGUGCUGCCUCCAGAGCUCUGGAUCCACUUGGCCGUGGUGGCCUGUGGCAAUCGGCUGGAGGAGACACUGGUCAUGCUCAAAUCAGCUGUACUCUUUAGCCACAGGAAGAUCCAGUUCCACAUCUUCACAGAAGACUCUCUGAAGCCCGAGUUUGAGAAGCAGUUACGACAGUGGCCUGACUCAUAUACAAAGAAGUUCGAGCACCGAAUCUACCCCAUCACAUUUUCGGUUGGAAACCCUCUGGAAUGGAAGAAAUUAUUCAAACCGUGUGCUGCUCAGAGACUCUUUCUUCCGGUGAUUUUAAAGGAUGUGGAUUCACUUCUCUAUGUGGACACCGACGUUCUCUUUCUGAGACCUGUCGAUGACAUAUGGAAGCUUCUGAGGCAGUUUAAUGCCACCCAGCUUGCAGCCAUGGCCCCUGAGCAUGAAAUCCCCAAGAUUGGCUGGUACAGCCGCUUUGCUCGGCACCCUUUCUAUGGCUCUGCGGGAGUUAAUUCAGGAGUCAUGCUGAUGAAUUUAACUCGUAUAAGAAGUGCCCAGUUUAAGAACAGCAUGAUUCCAACAGGCUUGGCUUGGGAGGACAUGUUGUACCCUCUGUACCAGAAGUACAAGAAUGCCAUCACAUGGGGAGACCAGGAUUUAUUAAAUAUUAUUUUUUAUUUCAAUCCAGAGUGUCUCUAUGUGUUCCCGUGCCAGUGGAACUACCGUCCCGAUCACUGCAUGUACGGAAGCAACUGCAAAGAGGCUGAGCGGGAAGGCGUGUCUGUUCUGCAUGGGAACCGAGGCGUCUACCAUGAUGAAAAGCAGCCAACUUUCAAAGCACUCUAUGAAGCAAUACGGGAUUUUCCCUUUCAAGACAAUCUCUUUCAAUCCAUGUAUUACCCUCUCCAGCUGAAGUUUUUGGAGACUGUGCACACUUUAUGUGGACGAAUCCCGCAAGUAUUUUUGAAGCAAAUCGAGAAAACAAUGAAAAGGGCUUACGAGAAACACGUCAUCAUCCAUGUGGGCCCGAACCAGAUGCACUGAAUAUUUUUCAUAUUGUUGCAAGCGGAUUGGGCAUCUCAAGAACAAGGACAUGUCCAUCUUUAAGCUGCCUGGGUCUCUUUCGUGUGAAUAUUUAAUGGUGCUCUGUGACAAUUGCGUUUUAAAAGCUUUGUUAAAUGUUGCUGAAUUAGUCACCCCUAAAAGGAAAUGUGCUUUAAUUUUUUCUAAAAUGGUAUUUAUCUCUCUCUUUUUUAAAAAAAAAAAUAUUAUUACACGCUUAGCAUUGUUCAAGCAGGUUGAGCUAGCUGUGAAGAGGAACUUUUGUGAGCCUUCCAUUUCCUGUUCAGUGUCUGAGACAAUGUCAGAGGCAUCUCGUGUUGUAUAUUUAUCUAGUAUUCUUGAGACUCUUUCUAUGUCAAUGACUCCCCCAUACCCUUCUUGUAAAAGUAAUACAUGCUUGUUGUAAAACAGAAAAAUGUUCAAAGGUUGUAGAGGAGUGGGCGCCUGGGUGGCUCAGUUGGUUAAGUGUGUAACCCUUGAUUUUAGCUCAGGUCAUGAUCUCACAUUUGGUGAGUUUAAGCCCCGCGUUGGGCUCUGCUCUGACAGUGUGGAGCCUGCUUGGGAUUCUGUCUCCCUCUCUCUGUCUCUGCCCCUCCCCUGCUUGCUGUCUAUCUCUCUCUCAAAAUAAAUAAAAAUCAACCUUAAAAAAAAAAAAAAAGUUUGUAGAGGAUGUAGGCCAGUGGACCAAAAUCAAGAUUAGAUUAGCCAUAAUCCUACCAACCAAUUAUUUAAAGGUAGUUACUUCAGCCUUUUUUUUCCUACUCGUAUAUUUAUUUGUUGGUUGUCUUUCCCAUUGUAAUACAUAUCUGAAACAGGUAGUUUGAGUAAAAGCUGGCCCCUAUGCUGAGAUUUUUAUGUUGAGACAAAAAUUUAGACAAAAUAAUUGUAUUUACAGAGCUGGAAGAAGUAUUCAAAUUUCAACUAAUUGGGCAGUGUUAAAGGAUGAAGCAUAUCUGGGGGUAUUUUUCAAGAAAAAUUGUUUAGAUUAGUGGAAGGUUAAAUCAUAAGAAAUAUUUAUGCAACCAUACCUUCUGAAAGGAAAUUCAGUCAUUGUGUUAAACGCAAGGGGUCAGUUUAACAGAGAUGUGUUUUUGUGUUUAACUACAGACAAAAACAUUUUAUCUCUUACUUUCAUAGGUGUGACCUUCUGUCUUCUUUAAACUCUUGGGCAACGGUUGGAAAUUGAAGGCCAACUUCAAACUUACGUGUACAGAAUAGAUAGUUCAGCUGAUUCCAUUGGCAAGAAAAUUCAACUUCCUACCAGCCUUGGAAAGGUCUCUUUAAAUGUUUUUUCUUCUCUAGGCUGACCCAUCCAUUAGCCAAGGAACUGGGCAGGUCUUAUCACCUAGCUACAGUAGAGGAAAUUCUAUAUUCCCCAGAGGGAUCUGACUUAAUCCCUUGUUGCUCCUGUAGCUGGUAACAGGGUAAGAACAUUUUUUAUAAUGCUUUAUUUAUCUCAAAAACCUUGUGCCUAAAUGAUCUUGAUGUUUGCAACAGCCUAAUGAACUUAGUAGGGACCUCUGUCAUUGGACAGAGAAGGAAAUUGUAACCCAAAGAAACAAGCAUACCCAAUAUAAUUGCUGUUCUGUAACACAUACAGGUAUGUAUAAGAUGCAUCCUCUUUUACAGAGGAAGUUUGGAGACAAAAAUAUUAAAUAAUUUUCAUCAUAUAUAGACAGUAAUCAAAGUAUAAAAUGAAAAAUAAUAUUUUGUUAACGCAAAUAUGGUAUGCUAUAUAUUGGAACCUGGUAGGAUAUCAUAGGUACUAUAUCCACAGAAGAAGUCUUAACCGUGCAAAAAUAUAUGAAAACCUCAGCACUACAAAGAAAUAUGUAGAUGCCAAUUAAUAUUGGGAUAUAGUACCAUUAUGGUAGUAGCAAAUUUUAAAAUGUUAAAGUAUUAGCCCAUACCCUCCUUUUGAUCAGUUGGGUGUCAGGUGAUUUAUUUUUGUUAAGGAAAUUACCAUUAAGAUGUGGAACUCUUCACUGUUAUAUUUUAUGUUUCCUCAUUUCACCAUUAAAGGUGAUGUCAUUCGUUAGUUUAUGUCUAAAGUCUGUGGAGGAAUUUUUGGAUUGUCUUUUGGAUGGAGGAAAAGUACCCUACAUACCCACAAAUAUGGUUUUACUGAAAGAGCCAGGAUGUGAACAUGAUUGCCUGACUUCCAUUCCAGUUUUGCUACAUGUUCAGCAUGGCCACCAAACCCUACAAACGUCAUUCACAUUUUUGGUGGUUUAUAAACCUAAAAAAGUUCUAUUCCUCCUCUGGUGAGUCCUACAAAAAAUGUGCUAUAAAGACUUUGAAUAUAGAAACGCCUUUUCUUUUAUGAGAAUCUUACCCGCAACUCUUAACUAUUGGUUCUGGUCUGAAUACAUAGAAUCAGAUUUCCAGCAAAGGUCCAUGAUGCAAUUCUAGAACAUUCUAGAAUGAUGCACGAUGAGAAUGUGAAACCUUAGAAUUUAGUGUGGUUUUCUGCCUUGGAAUUUCUUCAUGGUAUCCUGAAAUUUUGAGGUGAGUCUGGUGGAGAAUCUGCAGUUAAUUUUCUCUCACAAUCCCUACUACCUGAAAAUGCUAAUUGUUUUCCAUCCAGUAUAUUACCAUGAGGCGGUGUUUCCUCUGCCUUUGAUAAUUCCCAGACAACUACUACAUUAAUGCUUUUAAAAUCUGGGAACCACAGAUUUUAAUUUGGUGGACUCCUAAAACAUGUACCCUGUGAUCUGAAGUUUGCCAAAGGUUGGGUUGUUCCAUAUGGCACGUAGAAUCUAUACAGGAAGAGCAUGACACUGGUUCUGUCAUCCCCUCUUCUUGUUUCCUUCAGAAUUCUAUUCAAACACAUGUGACUACAGAGUUCCACUGGAAAAAUGAAAGAACAGGGUCUAGGAGCAAAAUGUAACAGUAUUGUUGUAUGCAUUGAGACUGAGACGUUCAGUAGUAGGGUCACUAGAAAUGCUUACAAUAUUUUUCUUGCUGAGUUUUUCUUUUCUAAUAUAAACCUCAGAAAUUGUGACUUACAUUGAAAAUUUCAACAUUAAAAAAAAUUAACUGGCUAGAAAAUAUGUUCAAGUUUUCCUUCAACUUCCUGAAUGACAGUUUAGCAUUUCAGGGUAUGACACUCCAGCUUUGCUAUUUAUUUGAAAUGUCUAAUACAUAUUCAGGACUUCCAUUGCAAAUUGUGACUAUGGGUGGAUUUAUUAUUGAAAUGGGUAUUUAUAUGGACUCAUCCAGGUUGGAGAGUAUUUAUCUUAUUACAAUUAUGGUGUUGAUAAAACAAGCAUGCCAUACAAAAACUUAUUCACGGUCACAAAAUAGGGAUCCGGUGAUAGAGUAAUUACUCCAACCCACCUGGAGGACAGGACAACAUUUGUACAAAUUUAGGUUUAUGUGUAAAUUUUGCCUGUUAUUUAUACAAA